UUGUUGGGCGGGGGGUGGCUAUGCCUAUGCGCAAAUUGAAAUUGGUGACUGGAUUGAUGGAAGAGGACUAGAGAAGAGAAUUGAAGAAGAGUACGACCCAACAGUCCCGCAAACAGAGCAGAUCAGACGGACAAGUGUUUUUCCGGCGAAAAUGUUGCCGCCGGAGCUCCAACCUCGCUUCCACCGUCCUUACAUCUCCUCGUCCGCCAGCGCCCCUUCCUUCUCCACCACCUCCUCCUUCAACGGCGGCUACUCCCCCGAGCGGAACCCUAACCCUAGCCCUAACUCUGCAUUUUAUGGCCAUACCAGCGGCGGCAGCUCUUCUUCCAGUAGAUCUCUCAAGAGCUCUCGAUUUUCCCCCUCGCUGUCCUCCUUUGCACACAACGCCAGAAUCGCCGUAGCCCUCGCACCUUGCGCCGCCUUCCUCCUCGACCUUGGCGGCACCCCCGUUUUCGCAACCUUAACCCUAGGCCUCAUGAUCGCUUAUAUCCUCGAUUCUCUCAACUUCAAGUCCGGGUCCUUCUUCGCCGUCUGGUUCUCUCUCCUAUCCGCACAGAUCGCUUUUUUCUUCAGCUCCUCUCUCAUCUCCACCUUCAAUUCCCUCCCUCUUGCUCUCCUCGCUGCGUUUGUCUGUGCUGAAGCUACCUUCUUGAUCGGCGUCUGGGCUUCCGUCCAGUUCAAGUGGAUCCAAAUUGAGUAUCCAGCCAUCGUCCUCGCUCUCGAACGCCUUCUCUUCGGGUGCGUCCCUUUCGUCGCUUCUGUACUCUUCACCUGGGCAACAGUCUCGGCGCUUGGUAUGAAGAAUGCUUCUUACUAUCUGAUGGUCUUUAAUUGUGUUUUCUAUUGGCUCUUCUCUAUUCCUCGUGUAUCAUCCUUCAAAUCGAAGCAAGAAUUGAGUUACCACGGCGGAGAGGUGCCCGACGAUAAUCUAAUCCUCACCCACCUUGAGAGUUGCAUCCAUACAUUGACUCUCUUACACUUCCCUCUGCUGUUCCACAUUGCGUCUCACUACUCAGUCAUAUUUUCUUCUGCUGCUUCUGUUUCUGAUUUGUUUCUCCUCUUCUUCAUCCCUUUCUUGAUGCAACUAUAUGCCUCCACGAGGGGCGCUCUCUGGUGGAUCACGAAGAAUGAGAGCCAGCUGCGCAGUAUAAGAUUGGUGAAUGGUUCUGUAGCUUUGAUUGUUGUUGUGAUUUGCUUGGAGAUCAGAGUUGUUUUCCCUUCAUUUGGGAGGUACAUUCAGGUGCCGCCGCCAUUCAACUAUGUUCUUGUGACCAUCACAAUGCUUGGAGGGGCGGCUGCAGCUGGUGCUUUUUCCCUUGGUAUGAUUGCUGAUGCUUUCAGCUCCGUGGCUUUUACUGCUUUAGCUAUAGUAGUCAGCGCUGCUGGAGCAAUCAUCGUGGGAUUUCCUAUAUUGUUUCUUCCACUCCCUUGUAUUGCUGGUUUCUAUUUGGCUCGAUUUUUCACAAAGAAGAGUCUGCCAUCAUACUUUGCCUUUGUUGUGCUUGGGAGCUUGAUGGUGACAUGGUUUGUGCUGCAUAAUUUCUGGGAUCUCAAUAUCUGGAUGGCAGGCAUGUCUUUGAGGUCCUUUUGUAAACUUAUAGUUACCAGUGUUGUCCUAGCAAUAGCUGUCCCUGGCUUAGCUCUUCUUCCGCCAAAACUUCAUUUUCUAGCUGAGGUUGGUUUGAUCAGCCAUGCGCUGCUGCUAUGCUACAUUGAGAAUCGCCUCUUUAAUUACUCUAGCAUGUACUACUAUGUAUUGGAGGAUGAUGUGAUGUAUCCCAGUUAUAUGGUUGCCCUGACUACUUUUCUGGGUUUGGCUUUGGUGAGGAGACUUUCUGUGGAUCAUCGAAUUGGACCAAAGACAGUCUGGAUUCUGUCGUGUCUCUAUUCUUCAAAGCUGGUGAUGCUUUUUAUAACAUCAAAGACUGCUUUAUGGGCCUGUGCUGUUCUCUUGUUGGCUGUUUCUCCGCCAUUGCUUCUUUACAAGGAUAAGAUAAAAGCAGCCUCAAAGAUGAAACCUUGGCAAGGUUAUGUGCAUGCUGGUGUGGUUGCUUUUUCGGUCUGGUUUUGUCGUGAAACAAUUUUUGAAGCUCUCCAGUGGUGGAAUGGAAGACCUGCCUCUGAUGGUUUACUUUUGGGUUCCUGUAUUCUUCUGACAGGAUUGGCUUGUGUACCAAUAGUUGCUCUCCACUUCUCUCAUGACAUGUCUGCUAAGAGAUGCCUGGUGCUUGUAGUGGCAACUGGGCUGUUAUUUAUUCUGUUGCAGCCUCCAAUUCCGUUGUCAUGGACUUAUCACUCUGACCUAAUAAAAGCAGCCCGUCAAUCAUCUGAUGACAUCUCCAUAUAUGGCUUCAUGACAUCAAAGCCUACAUGGCCAUCAUGGCUACUUAUUGCAGCAGUCCUUCUCACACUUGCAGCUGUGACUUCCAUUAUCCCUAUAAAGUAUAUUGUUGAGUUGCGGGCAUUUUACUCCAUUGGUAUGGGGACUGCUCUUGGCAUUUAUAUUGCUGCAGAAUAUUUCCUCCAAGCAGCAAUGCUGCAUGCCCUUAUAGUUGUAACAAUGGUCUGCACUGCUGUCUUUGUGGUCUUCACCCAUUUCCCAUCCGCCUCAAGCACUAAACUGCUACCGUGGGUGUUUGCUUUGCUUGUGGCUCUCUUCCCUGUUACUUAUUUAUUGGAAGGGCAGGUGAGAAUUAAAAACAUCCUUGGGGACAGUGUAAUUGGCAAUGCUGGAGAGGAAGACCAGAAGUUGACAACAUUGCUUGCUGUUGAGGGAGCUAGGACAUCACUCCUAGGUUUAUAUGCAGCUAUUUUUAUGCUUAUUGCAUUGGAAAUAAAGUUUGAACUGGCAUCACUUAUGCGAGAGAAGACUUCUGAACGGGGUGGAAUUAAACACAGCCAAUCUGGUCAAAGUAGCUCUGCCACUUUCCCUCCAAAGCUAAGGUUCAUGCAGCAACGUAGGGCGUCAACUGUGCCAGCCUUUACUAUCAAGAGGAUGGCCGCUGAGGGAGCCUGGAUGCCAGCAGUUGGUAAUGUGGCUACAAUAAUGUGCUUUGCUAUAUGCCUAAUCUUGAAUGCCAAUCUCACUGGAGGUUCAAACCGUGCAAUAUUCUUCUUGGCACCCAUCUUGCUGCUUCUCAACCAGGACUCCGAUUUUGUUGCUGGAUUUGGGGACAAGCAGAGGUAUUUCCCCGUUACAGUGGUUAUUUCUGCCUACUUGGUAUUGACUGCACUUCAUAGCAUAUGGGAAGAUAUAUGGCACGGGAAUGCUGGGUGGGACAUGGAAAUUGGAGGACCAAGUUGGUUUUUUGCAGUCAAGAAUGUGGCCCUUCUCGUCCUCACAUUCCCUAGUCAUAUCCUUUUUAACCGGUUUGUAUGGAGCUAUACAAAUCAAUCAGACCCAUCAGCACUGCUGACAUUGCCCCUCAAUCUUCCGUCAAUCCUAAUAACUGAUGUGAUCAAGAUUAAGAUACUUGGACUUCUUGGGGUAAUAUACUCCUUGGCUCAGUAUCUGAUUUCUAGACAGAACUAUAUGUCAGGCUUGAAGUUUAUUUAGAUGAUACAAACUCUGUACAAUAUAUUUUGGCAAUUUUCAAGUGAGGUAUGAAAGUACAGUUUCUGGUCACCCCUAUCUUGUUCUUAAGCUGGUUUGUUUUUGCUUGGAUUUGCCCCAAAUUCUGUUGUCAACAUGAUUACUUGAAAGCAACUUAACAUUGCGUGCAAUUUAGUGGUUUUCCAAAUUCCUGGUUCAGUUCAGCCUACUAGAAGUCACUGUUAUCUUAGUCUUGAAGAUGCUUACAUUAUGUUAGCGCGUUGAAUAUCGGCUUUGCAGUAUCACCACCAUUUGAAGGGUAAAGAUCACUGAACAUUCGUCCCAUUUAACUGCUUACAGUGACAGACAUUUUAAGUUAGAAGGCAAGGGCUGGCUUUGUUGUGGAUCUCCAUUAUAGUCACUGUGAUUUGCUUAGAAUGUCUUGUAUAACUUCUUUCAUUUAUGUAAGAGCGCACAGAUAAAAUUAGUUGUUUUCUUUCA